AUGAUAACCACCCGUCUGAUCCAGAAAUAUCAUCUGCUAUAUCGUCCGUGUAUUAUCACAUGUCGAAGAUCUCAAUCCACUCGGUCGACCAACACACCAUUGUCACAAGUACCAAACAAAAACUCAAUAUAUGUUAUUUCAAUUCCCAUUACUACGUCCAAAUCCUACAUUUAUUGUAAUCACAGACCUACAACCUUAAGUCCUAAACAAUUGGCCAAUAUCCCAUUAAUUUACAAAUUAGAAAACAAAUUAAUCAAUUUGGCAUCUAAAGGAUGGUCCAAAUUAACUAAUUCAAAACAAAGUAUUAAUCAAAAAAUAGUAUCAUCGAUUAAAAAAUUACUUGACACUAUUCCUUAUGAAGAAAAUUGUCUAAAAUCUUUCCCCAGUAAAUCAACAAUGAUUAGAGAAAUAAAUGAAGAAUCGUCUGAUUUCACCGAGAGCAAUAAUAAUGAUAGUAGCCAACUGCAAGUCCACAAAAUCGUACAAGCACAAGUAGAUGAUUUAAAAAUCAAUACUGAUCAAUUAAAACCAAUUCCAUUAUAUCAUCCUCAAUUCCAAAAUCCUUCUGUGAUUUUAAAUCAAUUAUAUUCAUUUGAAGAAGAAAAUAAAAAGAAACACAAGAAUCAAGCGAUUUUAUGUGCUAUUGGAAUCCCCAUCACUUUACCAUUUGCCCUUGUUCCAAUAUUACCUAAUGUACCAGGGUUUUAUUUGGCAUAUAGAUUAUAUUGUAAUAUCAAAGCUUUACUUGGACUUCAACAUUUGAAUUAUCUUUUGGAAACGAAAAAAGGUGGUGAUCCAGAAAUUGCUAAUCAAGCGACUGUUAAUGAUACUUCACAUAUAGCUUUCAAAGGAAUUGAAGGGUUGAAUCAAUUGUAUUUACAACAUAACAAUUCUAAUUUGUUAUAUGAAUCAAUUGAGGAUGAGGAGAAGGAAAUUGUGAUUAUUAAUGAAGAAAUUAUCAAUCAAAUUGUUGAAACGUUUGAAUUGAAUAAUUUGAAAGAAGAUUUAUUAAAAGCUUUAAAACAAGAAACAAAACGAUUAAAUAGGGAUAUUAAAGUACACGAUCAAGUUGAGUAG